AGAAAUCGGUGCCAUAGUGAUAGUGAUAGUUUAUCGAUAGUUGUUGCUGUCGGUUGAGAGACGGAGACAUGAUGGAGGACCAGAGAGACAGAGACAUUAGGGAGGACCAGAGAGACAGAGGAAAUGUCCUGAAGGAAGCUAAUGCCGAGUUUAACAGCGAACACUAUCAACGCGCGGAGGAUUUAUACACAGAGUUUAUCAACAUCUGCACGGCGUCUGGAGACUGUGACAGUCUUGACCUCGCUGUAGCCUACAAUAACCGCGGGCAGGUCAAGUACUUCCGGGUUGAUUUCUAUGAAGCCAUGGAUGAUUACAGCUCAGCUAUUAAAGCACACAGACAGUAUGAAGUGCCUUAUUAUAACCGAGGAUUAAUCCGGUACAGACUGGGUUUCUUUCAAGAUGCUGAGAGUGAUUUUAAGAAAGCGCUGGAAAUAAACUCGAACUUUAAAGACGCCAGACUGAGUUUACGUCAGACGAUUUUGGACUGUGAAGAAAAAACAAGAAGAGUAUAUUGAGGACAGAUUUUCACCACCAUGUUUAUGACUUAAAUAACUUUAUUCCUAAGAGUGUGCUGUGAAUGGCUUAGAGAUGCUUUAAAGCAGAUUUAUACUUCCAGAUCUAAUCUUUUUGUAAUUUUAGCAUAAAAUUGCUGGGGAGAGAAUUGAAUUGUCUGUUUUGAACAGCUCUUAUUUAAUGAAAUAAAAUGCACACGAUAUUGUAAAUUGUAAUAAAAGAAAAUUUUACCGCC